CGCCACGCUCAUUUAAACGUUGUCCGUUGCACAGGUGGCACAGCAGUCCCCCGCGUGGUGCGGCCAGUUUCACUUCGUCAAAUCUUGUUUCCCGCUCGCUUCGUGCGAUCCGCAUAUUCGUGAUUCGUGAGUUGUGUUUUCGUCGUUUUGUGUGUUGUUUGUCCUGCCAGACCACAAGCCCUGCCCUGUUCGUUCGAUUUCGACGUCGAACAAUCCAGGACGCGCGCGUGUUUCCGUUGGGGCCGCAAUACAGCUCAGCCGAUCGAUCGUGUGUGAAGCCAAACCAAGCGAUUCGAACCGUUCGAACGCAAUAAGUUGACCCUAAAGAGGCCAGUGCAAGAUCUACGAUCUACGAGGCUUUGGAAGUUUCUUGUGUGUCGCUUCCUCGCAGCAAGCAAGUGAAGCAUAGGGCGGUGCGGUGCGCUCGAGCGUGAAGCCACCCAGCAGCAGUUACCGAUUAAGUUGUUCACGGCUGAUUGGAGCUGAUAAUCGUCUGGAGCGGUAUCCGAGGGAGAAAGCAGUUAAACGUACAGCAGCAGCAGCAUCUUCCAGCAACCAGCAACAAUGACUGAAAGCGCAGGAGUGAAACAGAUCGUCGGCGUCUCGGAUAUCACCGAAAACCGCAACAUAUGGCGCAUGCUGGUGGCCGAGUUUCUCGGUACCUUCUUUCUGGUGGCGAUCGGCAUCGGUAGCACGACCGGCUGGACCGACUACAGUCCCACGCUGACGCAGAUUGCGUUCACCUUCGGCCUGGUGGUCGCCACACUGGCACAGGCAUUCGGGCACGUGAGCGGAUGCCACAUCAAUCCGGCCGUUACGAUCGGUCUGAUGGUGACCGGAGAUGUCAGCAUACUGAAGGCAGCGUUCUACAUCGUCUCGCAGUGCAUCGGUGCGAUCGCGGGAGCGGCCGUCAUUAAGGCCGCCACACCGUCUGAGGUAGUCGGUGGGCUCGGUGUGACCGGAAUCGCGCCCGGACUUUCGGCGGGUCAGGGUGUGCUGAUCGAGGCGCUCAUCACCUUCAUCCUCGUGUUUGUCGUCCACGGCGUGUGUGACAAUCGGCGCUCCGACAUCAAGGGAUCGGCACCGCUCGCCAUCGGACUCUCCAUCACUGCCGGUCAUCUGGCGGCGAUUAAGUACACCGGUGCCAGCAUGAACCCGGCUCGCUCGUUCGGACCAGCGGUCGUAAUGGGCAACUAUACUGAUCUUUGGGUCUACUGGGUUGGUCCGAUUGUCGGAGGUAUCGUGGCCGGUGCCAUGUAUCGUCUGUUCUUCAAAAUGAACACUAACAAAGUCGGUGACCAGGUGACUAACGACGCCCAGUACAUUUAGCCCGAAGCGUAACGUAAUACCCAGCAAAACCCCAUCUCGAUAGCUUCUACUGUGACUAAUUUCAUUAAAAACAACAAAAACCCCAAACCAAACAACAACACCACACCGCAUCGACCCUUCCGCGAUGGCUGGACUCACUCGUUCAGUCGGCGGCAGAAGGAUAGGCGCGAGCAAAAACCCUUUAUGCUCCUUCCUGCAACACACCGGAAGCCACCGGAAGCGGGGUGACACUGCUCGUGAAGGGCGCUCGUGGCGAGGAGGGGGCGCAUUAAAUCGUCAUAAAAACAUCCACCAUUAACAUGCUGGAAUGGAAAGAGGGGUUCCUCUUUCGCAUACCGGAGGAACCGGAGUUGGAUACAGAGCGAUACAGAGCGUUUGGCACACGGAAUCAUCGUUUAAGCUACACUAAUUCUAUCAACACGUAGAAGGACGAGGAACAUCAAGGGUGACCUGAACUAACAAAAAAACAAAAAAAAACAAUACACACAAGCACGAUUGAGCAUUCGCUGCACACGUACAGCUACACACACACAAACACACUCAAACACUCACUUCAGUAUUUGUUUUCUCUACAAAAACUAACCCAACUAACUGUGGAAAACUGUUGGAUAAGGAUAACGAAGCUGUGUACAUAUCCCUUCGAAGGCGGGACUAGUACAUCGGCCGAUUGGAGUGUUCGCACCAGCACCACCAUCAGCAUCACUCAGUUCUUGGUCUCACGAUCCACGGGGUUUCACAAGCAGCACCUUAUCGAACGUCUGCGGUAGGAUCGUUCGGCUUGCUUUGGUUGCGUUCGCCCCAAAUCGCAAGUGAAUGGAUGUCCCCGUUAAUGUUGUAAUGAUUACUUCUUCUGCUUGCAUCUAUCUGUGAGCGCAUCGUGUGGUGUGUGUGUGUGUGUGUGUGUGUGUGUGUGUGUGCACACCCUUGAUCACUCAUGCACGCACGGACACGUCUCGUAUUCGCGUAAGAUUGUUAAUGUAUUUUAUCAUAUUUAAAUGGAUCUUUUUUCGGAACGGCGAGAAACAAGGCAGGCUGUAGGCGGUUUUAUUGUUCUUCUUUUUAUGUAGAUGAUGUACUUAAGUGAGAUAUAUAGAGAUGUAUAGAGAGAAGGAAAGGAGCGAAAGCGGAACACAUACACACCUUUAAAAAACACAACAAAUUACCUAAAACCCCAAAAGAAUCCGCACAAAAGAGGCCCGGUUCCACUUAUUCCGCUAUUCAUAUUCAGGCCGCAAACAAGGGCAAACGCGUUUACAUAACUCUUAACGUAAGUUCUAUUUAUGUAUCAUAUACAUUGGAAUUUACCACGAAAAAAAAAAACACGACAAAAACACGACAAAAACUCGGCGGAAAGGCAGUAAUAUUGUUGUUGAAGUUGUUGAAGAGAGGAUAAAUUUAAAUAAAAUAUACGAUUACAAAACAUG